AUGGUGAAGAAAGACGCCAUUUUUCUGUCAUGCAUAUUCUUUGCUCUCUUGGCUAAGCUUAGUGCUGCUGAUUUUGUUGCAAAACCUGAUUGUUUUGGAAAGAUUGCCCACUUUAUGCAUGGAGGACUAGUGCCACCAAUCCCACCAAUCCCCGGAGUUGGCCCGCCGGCUACACCCGUUCCCGGAGGUGGUCCUCCGGCUACUCCCGUGCCCGGAGGUGGCACUCCGGCUACUCCCGUGCCGGGAGGUGGCGGCACUCCGGCUACUCCCGUGCCGGGAGGUGGGUCUCCGGCUACUCCCGUGCCCGGAGGUGGUGGAACUCCGGCUACUCCGGUGCCGGGAGGUGGUUCUCCGACUACACCGGUGCCGGGAGGUGGUUGUUGUGGGUGGCCUCCCGUUACACCUUCACCAGGGUGUGGGCCAGGUAAUAUACUAUGUGGAGGGGGCAUAAGCAACGGUGGUGCAAUUGGAGGUUUGCUUGGAAAUCUUAAUAAUGGAGGGUUUGUUAAAGGCAUUAAUGGAGAUAAUGACUGGGGCCUUGGAAAUUUGGGGGGGUUUGACGCCGGAGAUGGUGACGGUGACGAUGGAUUUGGUCCUAAUUGGGGCAAAAAGAAGGGUGGAGGGUUUGGUGGAGGUUUUGGGGGAGGGUUUGGUAAAGGCACCGGAGGAGGAGAGGGCGGAGGCUUUGGCGGCGGAUUCGGAAAAGGCGGCCCCGGAGGAGGGGAAGGCGGAGGCUUUGGCGGCGGAUACGGAAAAAGCGGCCCCGGAGGAGGAGUAGGGGAAGGUGGAGGCUUUGGCGGCGGAUUCGGGAAAGGCGGUGGCGACGAUGGAGGUGAUAAUUGGGGCGCUGACAAAGGCGGUGGGAUGGGAGGCGGAUUCGGCGGCGGGUAUGGUAAAGGCACCGGAGGAGGAGAAGGCGGAGGCUUUGGCGGCGGAUUCGGAAAAGGCGGCCCCGGCGGAGGGGAAGGUGGAGGCUUCGGCGGCGGGUAUGGUAAAGGCGGCGGCGACGGAGGAGUAGGAGAAGGUGGAGGGUUUGGCGGCGGGUUCGGAAGCGGCGGAGACAAAGGCUUUGGAGGAUGGAACGACAAUAAAAUUAGUAAAAGCAGAGACAAAACGUUAAGUAAUGACAACGUAAAAAUGGAUGGGGGCAGAAACGGAGAGGGAGGAUUAGUUUAAUAAUCUCCGAUGUUGUCUUAACGUAACGUAACAAUGCAUGCAAACAUAAUAGCUGCGCUGUUGUUGUAAAAUAGAAUUAAAGCAAUUGAAAAUCAAAUUGCAUGUAUUCUUCAUGGGUAAUAUCAUGAAA